AAAAUUGUAUUGUAAAUGAGAAGUGUUUUUUUUACACGAUAGAUCAUUAGGUUCGCUAACCGUAAUUAUUUGAAAGAAUCCGUUAAUUUUUGUAUGAUCGCUGACUCGAAUGGGAUUAUCUAUUGUUUAUGUAAAGAUUACGUUUUCCCAUUAAAAAUGACUUCGAAUUUAGUGAAAGGUUUCUUUUUAAUUAACGGAUUGGCCGUUGCAUUUGGCGGUGUGUUGGUAAACUUUUUUGAAAAUUAUUUGCCAACGUCUGUAUCAAAAAUCUUUCGAUAUGGCAAAUUUUGCUCCAACGUAAAAAAUAAAUUUCUGGAGAAACUCGAGGUGCCAAAAAGGUGGUUUAAGCAUUUUUACACAUUUGCCGGUCCAUUUUCGACCGCUGCUCUUGUCCUUGUUUAUUAUAGAUAUUAUCAAAGUGAUAAAUUGCCAGACAUAGUAGUGAAAAUAUUGAAAUUCUUAAUGGGCCAGCCAACAUUAUCACUAAUUCCAGCAGAAAAUACUAUCUUUGCGCUAAUUUUAUUAACAAUACAUUGUUGGAAAAGAUAUUAUGAAACUCAUUAUAUAAGUGUGUUCAGUAAUGCAUAUAUGAAUUUUACUUUUUACAUAAUAGGUUUGUUUCAUUAUUUAGGAACCAUAGUUAGUAUUGUUGGCGAAUCAUAUGAUAUUACAAAAGAUACAAAGGUAGAUGUAAACUGGACAAGACUGAGCCUUACAGAGUAUACUUGUGCUACGGUACUUCUCAUAUCAACGUAUAUGCAAUAUAGAACAAAUAUCAUUCUAGCAAACCUUAGAAAGGAUAAAAAAGGAAUUGUUGUAACAACAAAUUAUAAAAUGCCUGAAGGAGAACUUUUUAAUUUGAUAUCUGGACCAUUACAAUUAACCGAGAUUAUUAUAUACAUAUGCUUAUCGAUUAUCUUGAGAAAGGCAUAUACAUUUCAUUAUGUGUCCUUUUGGGUUAUAAUGAAUCAGGUGGAAUGUGCAUAUUUAUCUCAUCAAUGGUCUGUAAAGACUUUUAAAAAUUAUACUAAUAGGAAAAUAAUUUUGCCAUUUAUCUUUUAAUGUCAUAGA